UUCCAAAAUCAUUUCUAAGGAAACUUAGAGCACUCAAAAAAAUACAUGAAAUUACGGAAAAAAAACUGUUCGAACAGUUUUGUUUUCAUGAAUUGGUACAUUUUAAAAUGCUCUAAGUUUCCUUAGAAAUGAUUUUGGAACUUUUUUAACAAAUGCAUUUUGUAGAGCAAACAUUUGUCUACAAAAUGAACGUUCCGCAGCUAUGAGCGAAUCUUGGUAACUGAUGUAUAGCAAUUCUCCCGGAUGCCCGAACACAAGUUUUUAACUGGUGCAUACCUAUGUAUGCAGUAUAUCGGGUGUCCAGAAUUAAAUGAGUCGAAAUACAAAAACUCAAGUCCGAGUCCGAGUUCAAAAAAAUCUCCAGUCCGAGUCCGAGUCCACCAAACAAUCUUCCAAUCCGAACUCGGACUCGCCCAUGUCCACCAGUCGGUGUCCAAGAUUAUUUAGGUAAAGUAAAAAACACUUUUUUUCUGCGCUUUUACUAAUUAAUUCUCAGCCAUCACCAAGAGAAAAAUAGUUUUUGCGCCGCAAUUUUUUCGAGAUGAAUUUCCACUAACAAGGAAAGUUCCCGAGAUUUCCAACUCCGUUUUCAGUGAUUUAUAUGCUGAUCGAUAGAGCAUUGUGAGCCAGUAAAAAUCCUAAAAGGAUUUUCUCCCAUAGUGUUUCUUUCAAAAGUUAUCGAAUUUUUUCAGUUUUUCUACCCUAAAAAAAAACGCGUUUUUUUAUUUUUGCGUUUUGAUGAGACAAGCUAUAUAGAAAAUUUGGCAAUGGGUGGGUUAGCAUAAGUGAUUAGAGGCCGAAUUUUUUUGCUGUAACCAUGGUUAAUGUCAACUAUCUUCACAAAAAGUUUCAGCAUUCUACUCCUAUUAUUUGCUAGUUUAUAAAAUUUUUCAGUUCUAUGCAAAAUGCAGGGCUUUUUUCAACUAAGAUCAAAUUUAGUGCUGAACAAAAAAACAUGAUUCUAUAUCCAACAAAAGAUGACAUAUAGCGAUCAAUUAAGUUUAUAUUAUAGAAUGAUAUUUUUAUUCUUCUCGAUGACACGAACUAUUUUUAAUGUGUCCGACACGAAAUUCUUUCCGACGAAUUACUCUUAUAUCGGCGGGUUAGUUGACCGUUAUCCUAAUAACGCAAUAAAACGAAAACACAACAAUGUUAAGACACAAUUUAGGAACAGAAUGUUGAAACUUUUUGUGAAAAUAGUAGAGAUUAACCAUGGUUACAGCAAAAAAAUUCAGCCUCUAAUCACUGUUGCUAACUCAGUUAUAGAACUGCUACUAUUUUCAGCCACUAUAGGGUAGAAAAACUGAAAAGAUUCGAUACCUUUUAAAAGAAGCAUCAUGGGGAAAAAUCCUUUUAGAGGUUUUUACUAGCUCACAAUGCUGUAUCGACCAGCAUAUAAAACAUUGAAAAUGGAGUUGGGAAUCUCAAGAGCUUCCGUCGUUUGAUGGGGUUUGGCUUCCUUGGCUAGACUACUGUAAGACAGAAAUUUUCCGGAUGCGUGUCAGUGCACCCUUAUACAUUGUUCACCUCUGAUUCAAUCCAGCGCAGAACAAAGCAAAGCACUUUUUUUCUCUCCACACUAUACAGCGUAUACUUUGUUUUUUCAGCAAAGUAUAAAACAAAGUGUAUUUUCAACAUCACAGUUACAUUAUGUACUUUGUUAUCUAUCAUUGCAUACACUGACUACUAGUCCAUAAGUUUGUUGCCAGAGAUCUCCUUUUGAUAAAGAGUACUUCGAUGAAAUAUCAUUCAGCAAUUUGUCGCUGUUCUCUGUAGGUAAUACAAUCCAAAUCGAUGCUUGAUAGUAAUUUUGGAACAACUGAAGAAUUUCCAGAUUUAAUUGGUUAUUCAAAAAAUGGUUUAAAAGCAGAAGAAAGUUUAGAAAACAUUAUUGGUCGUUCAGUCAUUGCACAUACGACGAGAAAACGGUUGAAUGAAUUAUAUAAUGGUGAUUUGUGUGGUUUAGAUCCGAAAAAUCCAAAAGAAAUAAAAAAAAACGGAUGGAGGAUGGUCAACAAAGAAACGAAAUUAUCGAAGAGACAACGUGAUUUAAUGAAACAUCCAACAGAACCAUACAAAAGUCUAACGGGUGCCAUGCACGUGGAACAUAUUUAUCGCGGGUCUCGAAGACAAACACUGUCGGAAUAUUUAGAUGAUCAACAAUCGAAAGAUGGAUCAGAAUCGUAUUGUGAUACCGAUUUAGAUGGAUUAUAUGUUGAUCCACUUGAUAGUCGAUAUACUUCUAGUGAAGCAGGUGAAGAAGAUGAAGAAGAAGGAUUCUCAAAAACAAAUUCCCAAUCCAUAACAGCAGUGAUAACGCCAGCAAUCAUGCAAUCAGCAAUCAGCAGUAAUGUAGCAAUCAUGGAAGAACAAAGAAUAGAAAAGAAAAAACUCAAAAAUAAAAUAAAAACCUUGUUAAAAAAGCCUUGA